ACAACAAAGCUAUUUUCGUUGUUGGUGAAUGACUGGGAUGCGUUUCUGAAGGAACUGGACAGACAUAGCUGUUUAACGAAGGGGUUUUGAAGAGAGUCAGCUACAAUGAGUUCUAUUGGAACUGGGUAUGACUUGUCGGCCUCCACCUUCUCCCCUGAUGGGAGAGUGUUCCAGGUGGAAUAUGCCAUGAAGGCAGUCGAAAACAGCAGUACAGCGAUUGGUAUCAGAUGCAAGGAUGGCGUUGUUUUUGGUGUGGAGAAGUUGGUUCUCUCCAAACUGUAUGAGCAAGGCUCCAACAAACGCAUCUUUAACAUUGACAGACAUGUUGGAAUGGCUGUGGCAGGUCUACUAGCUGAUGCCAGAUCCCUUUCAGAGGUGGCCAGAGAAGAGGCCUCUAACUUCAGAUCCAAUUAUGGACACGACAUCCCCCUGAAGCACUUGUCAGACAGAGUGGCCAUGUACGUCCAUGCCUACACGUUAUACAGUGCUGUCAGACCCUUCGGAUGCAGCUUCAUCCUGGGCUCAUAUGAUCAAGAUGACGGACCUCAGCUGUACAUGGUGGAUCCCUCUGGGAUUUCAUAUGGUUACUGGGGAUGCGCCAUUGGGAAAGCCAAGCAAGCCGCCAAGACAGAAAUCGAGAAACUUCAGAUGAAAGACAUGACCUGCAGGGAGCUGGUGAAAGAGGUUGCUAAAAUAAUCUACAUCGUACACGACGAGGUGAAAGACAAAGCGUUUGAGCUGGAGCUCAGCUGGGUGGGAGAGGUUACUAAUGGACGCCAUGAGCUGGUUCCCAAGGACAUCAGAGAGGAGGCUGAGAAGUAUGCUAAGGAUUCCCUGGAGGAGGACGAUGACUCUGAUGAAGAUAACAUGUGAACUGGAGUGCUACGGUUUACACUCUUCAUCACAUACUCUCGCUCUCAUUGACAGUGUGCUCUUUAAGAGACACUUGGAUAUUCUUUUGUAUGUUUUUAAGUUCAUGGACCAUUCCUGUCAUUUAUUUUCUGUUAGGGUUUGAUGGCUUUUGGACUUGAAAUAAAAAUGGAGGCAAACAACUGUUUAUAUUAAAA